GAUCCGUGGGGAUCCUUCCGCGGCAGCGCCCCGCGCAUCCUAACCAACCCUCAUGUUGGAAACGCGUCACCUCGUGCACGCGACGUAUUUCUUACGUUUAAAGUACCAGCCGAAUUUUCCACCUUCGCGUCCCGCACGCUUUCCACGCGCCGCUGCGUUUAAGGGAGUUUAAGGUAAAAGCGCGGGAAACGAGCAGCCAGUCGGUCCGCCAGGCUGUCGAACCGAUCGUAUCGAUAAAGAUAGUGAGCGUCGCGUAAUAAGAGGCCCGAUAAUGAAGUCGUUUCGACAUUAUUGCAAUGGUGUAGAAUACGCGUGUCGGGGUAAACGUGUCAAGGUGCCGUCAGCGUAGCGCAACGAUUCCGGUGACGACACGCAACCAACACACGUUGAUUCAACGAGGAAAUCGGACGAAGGUGCGUUUAUUUCCAUGGCAACGUGACGACGCACGGAUUCUUGCCACGGAUACGCAACAAGCCUCGAGGAACGAAGCGGAAGCUGAAGCAGCGACAAACUACUACCAGGAUACGCAAAUGUGAUCACGAGAAGGAAGGAUAUGAUAAACUGUGGCCGAUGAAGAAAAGAGCACGAGCACGAGUACGAGCAGGAGCACGAGCAAGAGCAAGCGGCUUCGUCGAGGAAGGCGAGAAGAAGCGACGACGAGGCGGCAGCAGCAAUACCAAUAAAAAGAUCAACACUAGAUCUGAUGUUAGCGGACAUUAACGGUAACUUGGCGGAUCUGAGAAGCGAAGCGAUGGCGUCGCAGAGGUUUUGUCUGCGCUGGAAUAAUCAUCAAAGUAAUCUACUCUCCGUUUUCGACCAACUACUCCAUGACGAGUCGUUCGUCGACGUUACGCUGGCCGUGGAGGGUCAGCUACUCAGGGCACAUAAGAUGGUGCUGUCGGCGUGUAGCCCCUACUUUCAGGCCCUUUUCGUCGGCCACCCCGACAAGCACCCGAUAGUCAUUCUUAAAGAUGUCCCCUACGUGGACAUGCGCAGCCUUUUGGAUUUCAUGUAUCGCGGAGAGGUCAGCGUCGACCAGGACAGGCUGACCGCCUUCUUGAGAGUCGCUGAGUCUCUCAGGAUAAAGGGCCUGACCGAGGUAAACGAGGACAAGUGUGACUUGCCUAGUAUUACCUCUUCGUUGCUUGGCAAUCAAAACACAGUACCUCCACCUCCACCGAAUCUACAUAGAAUAAACCAAAUCGGGCCUCACCACCAUGUCUCGCAGAAGAGGAUGCACCAUAUGUCGAACCAUCCUCUCCUUGGUUCGGCCUUAUCCGCGCCAAAGAGGAAACGGGGCAGACCGAGGAAGCUGAGCGGCUCCUCCGACACACCGAUAGGCGAGAUCUCGGGUCAGGAGCUGCAGUCUUGUUCGGGGGCAGACCUCGUGCAAGGCUCGCCCGAGCUGAUGGAAAUGAAGAUGAGUAUCGACUUUCAGAGCGAAAGCACCGGCAAUACCGGCAGAAGCGGAAACGCCGCUGCCGCCUCGGCAAGUAGUAACAAUGUGAGCAGCAAUAACGUCGGUAACUCGGCAUCAACGGGAACCAGCCUGGCCGCUUCCUCCUUGUCGUCCACGAGGAAGGACGAACCAACGGAAAAUGGUACUGACACGCCCGAGUCGCUGGCACCUCGCGUCAAACGGGAGCCUGAACCAACGCCUAGCACCUCUGCCCAAGCCUCUGACGAGACGUUCGCACGGCCGCACAGUAGACAAGGGAGCGAAGGUUUCAAGCAAGAGUUCUCAUCGGGGAGCGCGAAAUCGGACGGAGAGACGUGGAAAGAGAAGGGACGAAACCUCGGGUCAGGAUCCACGGCGAACGCAGCUGGGAGCGAGGGAUCGAACGCGAGAUCGACGAGCACCAGCACCUCGUUGACCACGACCACCAGCUCAGCGUCGAGCACAGCGUCCAACUCCGGCACGACGACCACGACCACGUCCACGAGAAGCUCGUCGGUGUCGCCAGCAACUGGCAGGAACAACGCGCAGAACAGCGGAGGGAGCAGCACUAGCAGCAGCCCGGCACCAACCAACAACUCGUCGUCGACCAGCGGUCAUCAGAUCGGCACUAUGUCAGCUCCACCUGGGCGACAGGUGCCCAAGAGACGCAUGAGACGUCGUGCCACCUCUCACUCCCAGGACCCAGCUGAACAGCUAACAGAGAUGUCCGUCCGCGGGCUGAAUCUCUUUCGCUACGCCUCAAUCUCGGAGGGCGUCUACCAGUGCACCGAGUGUGCGAAGCUCGACAUUCAGAAGACGUUCAAGAACAAGUACAGCUUCCAACGACACGCUUUCCUGUACCACGAGGGGCACCAGAGGAAAGUGUUCCCGUGCCCGGUCUGCGGCAAGGAGUUCUCCAGGCCGGAUAAGAUGAAGAACCAUAUGAAAACUGUGCACGACUGCUUCAUGCCGAAGGACUGCGUGGUGCCGUUCGGCUUUUUUCUCUCGCCUUAGCGGGCGGCGCGAGGGCGAGGUGGGUUGGCGAUCGGUCCAGCGCGUAGAACGACCACUUUGCCAGCGGAUGAUGACGCAGACCGAGGCGAAACGGCCGCGGCCAGCGGCGUCCAGAGGAGCGGCUCCAGGGGUGCCAUCUCUAGGACGACGCUGAAGCACGUGGCCACCUCGCGGAUGCUCUCCAUAUUCAGGCGGGGGCGUGGCUGAGAGAGGGACCGUCGCUUUGUCCUCUAUGGUCUCCUCAGCACAGCCCUAGUCUAGUCACCCGAUCUUGAGGAAGGACGAACGUGGUCGUACCGGGGACACCGUGGAAGAGAGUACCGGGUGUCGAUGAUAAUACCUAGCCUGUGUGUCGCGGACCAAUCGCAUAGCCUGUCUCACCCCCGCGAUGAUCAUCUCGUUGUAUCGGAGCGCGAUGGAACUCGCGCGAGCGAUUUUUCCAGCAG